GAAAAUUUAGAGCACCGAGGCUGGUCCUCAGUUUGUUCACACUAAUCUGUUUUGUGCUUUUGUGCAAACUUUCCCCAUUAUCAAGCAGACAGUGAGAGAGUCAACAUUACAGAAAGGUCUACUUUGUGGCCUUGAUCCAACAACCACCUUAGAAAUAUCCUGGAUUCAUUUCUCUAUGGAUUAACUUCUUCAGCUGCUGUUUUUCCUACAUCUGAUUGGAAGCAUCAGUUUUGCAGCUUUCUCGUAUUAAGUGUGGUGAAUUUAGUCGUUUAUGUCCUGAUUGCUAAGUGGUACACGUAUAAAACGCCAGUGGGGACUCUCCGCUAGCUGACUGCAUAUUAAGUUCCACCUUUGCUUGCAGAAGCAACUAUAAAUAAUAACUUUCGAAUCCCUCUCAUAACUUUCAUGGUUCCAUUUGCUUUUAAGGAGUACCAUUAUCAUCUCCUUCAUUAUGGCCAUCUCCAUUACUUCUUCUGGCUGUUGACAGUAUUAAGUGUGGUGAAUUUAGUCGUUUAUGUCCUAAUUGCUAAGUGGUACACGUAUAAAACACUAGUGGGUGGAGUUAGUCUUUGAUUGCCACAAUUAUUUCGAGCUUAAAAAGGUGAAGCUUGAUGCACUAAAAUCACUCUAGUAAGUGUACUAGUUGUAGUCGUUCCAAGUAAUAUAAUGAUAAGAAAAGUGUUAAAUUUAU